CAUUUUGUUUCUUACAUCCAAUUUAACAGUACCUUCAAUUCUCAAUCCUCAACAUUUAUCCAAAUCUUCAUCUACACCCUAGCUAUCUCUGUGUAUUAAACAUUUAAACUCCAGUGCUCUGCCCAGAUUUACGACCAUGGCAUCGCAUGAGGGUGGAAGGUCUUUACCGAAAUUUGGGGAGUGGGAUGUGAAUGAUCCAGCCUCAGCUGAGGGAUUUACCGUCAUUUUCAACAAGGCCAGAGCUGACAAGAAAAAUGGUGGAACUUUACUUACUGUUGUAGAAACAUCAAGCCACAACUGUGAAUCCAGUAAAGUAAAUAAUAAGCAAAAGUAUCCCAAAAGGAACAAGUGGCUUUGCAUGGGUUGUUAAUUAUGCUCCAAGACGAAGGAAAGUGGGUGUUUUAACUGGAUACAGGCAUGCAUGUCUUCUGGAUUAGAGGCUGCUUAUGCUUUGGUGCUUAUUCUUUAUAACUUAGUUGUUUAUGACUCCUUGAUGGCUUUAUUUUGCUUACAAGGAGUGCAAGUAUAUGGAGGAAUAAAACGUCUCAUUUUUUUGUUCUUAUUCCAA